GAGAGAGAGACUGUGUCAGAGCUUCUCGCGCUGAGAGGGUUUGAUAUUUAGUCACUGAUCCUCUCUUCAGGACUUUCUGCGGGCUGGGAGUUACUUUACGCGCACGCACGGACGGACUCCAGACACGCGUGCGCUCCGACAGACAGCCAGCAUCAGUUGUGAGAGUCUCAGCAGAAGCUCUCCGUUGACAUGCUGAAGGUGAAGCAGCAGGGAUGUCAUCCAGGCGUGGCUCGGGGAGGAUAUGGAUGUCUAUAUAAAUGACUCGUUCAGUCUGAUCACAGAUGAAAAGAGCGUCUCUCUCCUCUCCGCUCUCUAAACACACUAAAGUUUCCUCGUCAUGGCAGAGGUGGCUGGAUUUCUCGGGAGCAUCGAUCUGGAUUUGCAGGCUUUUCCAGCAUUGGGGAACGUGCCUCUGUCGGAUGGUUUGAAUGAGAGGUUGGGUCUGAUUGAGGGCAGACUGCAGCGCGGAUCGCUGACGGAUUUUGGCCACCUGAAGGGCAUCCUGCGCAGGAGACAGCUCUACUGCCGCACCGGCUUCCAGCUGGAGAUAUUCCCCAACGGGACGGUGCACGGAACCAGACAGGACCACAGCAGAUUCGGUAUUCUGGAGUUUAUCAGUCUGGCCGUCGGGCUGGUGAGCAUACGAGGCGUGGAUGCUGGUCUUUAUCUGGGGAUGAAUGAGAAAGGUGAACUCUAUGGGUCGAAGAAGCUGAUGGCAGAGUGUGUGUUCCGUGAGCAAUUCGAGGAGAACUGGUACAACACCUAUGCGUCUACACUCUACAAGCACGCGGACACUGGGAGAUACUAUUACGUGGCUCUGAACAAGGACGGCUCGCCCCGAGAAGGCGGCAGGACUAAAAAGCAUCAGAAGUUGACUCACUUCCUGCCCAGACCUGUUGAAAUCGAGAAGAUACCCCAAGCGUACAGAGACUUGUUCCAGCACAGGUGACCAAAGCAUCCAUCGGAGUCGCUGUGUUGGAGAGGUGUAGUAGAGUUGCUUGAUGGGAAAGACGGAUUCUGUAGAACAUUUAGAAAUACAAGACCCUACUUCUCUCGCCUCACAGCUGUUUAUAUUUGGGUUCUGGUCCAAAAUGAGGAGGCCCUCUCCAAUGGUGAUUGAGAUAAACAGUACGUGUGUGUCCUGGAUGGCUCCGUUUCCUCUUCUUAAUGGGUUUUAAACCACAGAGAAGAGGGAACAUUCCUGCAUCAAAAGCUGGAGCCAAAAGAUGUCUUGAGGAAGAGGUGUUGACUUCAGGGCCUCAUCACAUGUGUCAUACAAUCGACCUUUCUGCAGUCAUUGUGCGAGCCACGCUUUUUGUAAAGUGAACCACGUUUUGGCCAUUUUCUCACUGGAAAAAAACUAUGGUCUACAACUAAAUGUAUUGAGCAACUGAGCAUAGGAAGUCAAACCACCUGUGACUGUAAAGAUAAACUCUGGGGCGGAUCUCACGUUGAAAGGUCAUGACGCAGCACUUAGCAAGAUGGACGGACACGGGGAGUUACCCCGACUUCCCCGUAGGACGAAUGCAAAGCAAGAGCUUUUCAAAUUAAAUAUAGCUUUCAGGGCACUUAAGAAGAGAAAGACGCUUUGAAGAACAAUGACCAGCUUCUACUGAAACGAUAUCAAUUUUGAACGAAUUGUAAGAUUGUGGAAAAAAACUAUUAAGGCUUUAUAAUAAUUGGAAAAAAGGGGCUUACAUUUACCGCUUUUGAAGGUUCGGGAGAGGUCAAACCUUACAAAUUUUGUAGAAACAGCAAACACAACUAACCACUUUCAAAGCAAACGGAGAAAACGUAUGGCGCUUCCUGAAGGGUUCGGUAGAGGCUUUGGUCAUUUGACAAAGAGUGACUUAUAAUGUUCAGGUUGUCAGGAACAUUACUAAAAUGUAAGUGAAAGACAUGUAAAUAUGGACAAACCUAUUUAUAAGAUGUACAAUAUAUUUAUUUUCAACAUAUAAAGUAUAAUUAUAAAUCUAUAUAUAAAUCUAUUUAUUUAUUUCAAAGGCUCUAUUUUGUAAUGAACUUGAAGUUAUUGGAACUGUAGAUUCUACUGAAAUAUACAGAAGGGCUAAACCAUUUGAUCUGAAUGACUGACAAUAAAAUUGUCCUGCUAUUG